GCAAAUGUAGGCUAAAAUAGAAAUUACGCAUAAGUCAGUUCAGUAUCGUAUGUAUCGAAAAUAGUAUGCUGCAUUUUGGGUUGUCUUUUACCUUCUUCAAAAUUCGUUCGUGUUCUGUUUUGUGUUUUCUCUUCUUGAUAUCCGUCGCUCAUACAGUCUCUCGCUUGCGUGCACGUCGCACCGAACAAAUCAUUCGAAAUCAUCACCAUCAUUGCCGUCGUCGUGGUCGUGGUCGUUGCUGCUGCUGCUUUUGUUGUUGUCGUCGUAAUUACUAUAUAGACCGUGUGUAUGUGAUAUACGCGCGUAUGUCUGACUGAAUGUAGCGAGCAACGAGAGAGAUAGUGACAACGAAGAUUGGCCGUGUGUGAGAUGCUUUGCAUGUGUUUAACACCACAAAUUAGUUGACUUCCUCACGCACACAGCCUCCUUCGCUGAUUGUGCAAACACAUCAAAUGAUUCGAGCGAAAGAAUCAAAAUAAGCAAAACAAACUAAUGAAACCAAUAACAGAGAAAAUAAAUCGUAUGCAUGGAAUUGAGUAGGUAAAAUGAAUGUUAUGUUUUUGUUGUGCACCAGCCAAGCACACUACUGCUGAUGAUGAUGGUGAUUUGGUUGAAACAAACAACGUCAUUUUAACACUUUAGUCACCGAAUGAGUGUUCUUUGUUUUUGUGUGUGAUAUUUCAACUGAUUGAAUAUUUAAUAAAAUAAAAUACGCGUGGGUCAAACAGAAAGCAGAGCAAACCAAAGAGUACACACACAAUCAAUACGUUUGUCGUUGCUUUAAUUUGAAUAGCAAUUCAAUUGCUUAUCAGGGAUUUAUUCGUAAUUCUUUUAAUUGUUCAUGGAUUACCGUCGAAUGUAAAUGAAAUUCAUUUCUGGAGUGGUGUUGUUGUUGUUAUUAUUUUCCUUCACUCCUUCUUCUUGCUUUGCGUUUGACACUUAAUUCUCUUGGCUCGUGUUCGUAGCUCGACUUCAUAUUUGCUCGUCUUCGUCGUGUUUGCAUUGUUUUUGUGGAAUCGGUUGAGUGUGAACAUAUGAAUGCGAUCGUGUUUAUUUCGCGUUGAUUUGGGUGUGAUACAAUCAUCGAUACAUUGAACCCGUUUUCGAGACAGUGGGAAAAUGCAGGACAUCAACAAUGGCAAUCUGCUGGAAAUCAUCGAUUUGGCACAUUCACUUCGACAAGAGCAUUUGUUCAUGGCAAACGAACAGGCUUCAUUUAAUCGACUCAACGAAACACUGUCACGGAAUUCAUCAAAUGUAGCGCAGUUGGCCUGGAUUUGUUCACAGCAACGACAAAAUCUAAACAGUUUGAUCAUAUCGCGACCAGACACAGGCCCAUCGGAAUGCUGUCACAAAGCAAACACACUGGAAAACACACGUUUCAUUGAGGCGCACAAAGCCAAAGGCAUGAAAUACGAACAUGUGCUUGCCUACAAUGAGCUGUUCAAUUUUUUGCAUCAUUCGCCGUAUUUGCUGGCGCAAAGUUUGUCGGUUGGCGAUCGAUUGGAGCAAGUAUCAAAUGAUCAAAUUAAUUCGGUGGUACGAACCGUUGCCACGGGCCUAUAUGGUAAUGCAAUCCUCUCGAAAGAUGUUGAUAUGGUGUUGCGGUUGCUGCGAGAUUUGAUUGAAAUCCAAGUAAUUGUGAGUGAGAAUCCGCGUCGAAUGCUACGCAGUGGAGCGAGUUCAUUUUCACGUCUCUACAGUCGACUCCAUGAGAGUCUCUUCUCAGCCAAAUUAUUCCUGACCGCCGCUUUGCACGAGCCCGUCAUGAAGGUAUUAAUUGGCGAUGAUUUGGUUCUGGAUAUCGAUGCGAAUAAAGCGGUUUUGAACUUUCCGGCAAAGGAACGACAGAAGAAGUUCGGUCACGAAGGAACGGACGAAUACGCGGAAAAAUUCAAAGAAUUCCAUCGCGACACCAUCAAUGCUUUGUACGAUCUUUCGCUGCUGUUCAUCAAGUCACUGAGUGACAAUUGGGCAAUGUUUCCAUCGACCCUUCGGUGGGUCGUGCAGACCAUGUGUCACCUGCUUCGAUCGGUGCACGUGAACGAUAAGGAUAUCAAUGACAUUUUGACUGAUAUGAUUUUCACGAAUUUCAUUUGCCCCGCGGUUGUGAGUCCCGAUUUGUAUGGCAUUUCCGACGCACCGAUUUCCGAAAAUGCACGCAUGAAUCUCAUUCAAAUCGGACAAAUUCUGCAAAUGUUUGCACUGAUGAGGCACGAGGACAUCGAUCCAAAGUACGUGGAACUGUUCAGUAUGUUUGAUCGCAAUGUCAUUUCCGAAUUGAUGGAGCAAUUAAUUGAGACUGAGAAUGACAUACGCGUUAGUUCGAUGGCAAUACCGCAUCAAAAUGAUUUCGGACGUAGACAUGUGUUGGUCACACAAAAUGAACUGAACAUUUUUGUGGAUUUUCUGCGAACCGUUUUGGAUAACGAUGAGUUGACAAUAAGCGGUGAGGAUCGACGUAAAUUGGGAAAAAUUCUUGAGCAGCUACCAACUAAAUUUGAAUCGGUUUUGAAUGGGGACCAAAGCACCAGCAACAUGGCAACUGGUGCAAACAUACCGGAGAGCCAAAGCAAAACGAAGCAGCUAUUAAAUUUGGGCAAAAAUACAAGAAAUAAACUGGCCAAAACGAUGAGUUUAAACGUUGGAAACGGUGGCAAUCACAAUGACAACAACAGCGAUGAUGUUGCGGCAAGUGUUAAUUUAAAUGGUUCGGUGGGUCUGAACAAUAAUGUUUAUCACAGUGAUGACAGUGAAAAUGUGCUUUUGAUUCCGAUUUCGAUUAGUGAAGAAAAUAAAUUCCAGCUGUUAACCGAACAGGAAGUGCUCAAUAUGAACAAUAUUAGCAACGAAAUUGAACCCGCACUCACCGAACAAAACGUUGGCACACUCGAUAAGACAAACAAUGUAGCGUUUGAUGAUGAAUUGGGGGCGGUUUUACCAACACGCAAACACACACGAUUCUCAUUGUCGCAAGACGACCAAUCGAUUGGCAAUUCGGACAAUCUGGAGGUGGUCAGUGAAGCGCCCAGCAAUCAUUCGGUUACGAGUUCAUUGGAAUUGGAAGAGAAUGAUCAAAAUUUGAAUGACAAUCUCUCGGAUAUGGUUUCAGCGAAUGUUUCUGGUCGUGGAACGCCAAAUAUUAGCGGCCGUGAUACACCGUCGUCACAAGUGACCGAAGGUGAAACUGCCCAAAUUCCAACGCCUCAGAUGACCAAAAUACUGAACAAAGCUCGAUCGGACAUCGAUGACAAAUUCUGCAAAUUCGAAAUAAAAAAACUCGUUGAAGGUGAUGAAACCAUUUCAAUCAUUUCGGAUACAUGGUCAACGGAUGUGCUAGCAAGUGAUUCUGAAACACUCGAACCGGUUGAAAAUGAACGCAAUUUCUCGACACCAUUGAUUCCAAGCGCUGUCGUUCUGCCCGGCGACAACAAUUUCAAUCCGUUGGCAAAUCCACAGUUGCGCGCCAAUUUCCUGGAUGCAUCCGACACACGAUCGGAAUCAGCUUGGUCAACCGAUGUGCUUGCGAGUGAUUCAGAGAAAAUGACCGAGGUUGACACGGACGAUAAUCAAAGUAUCGCUGCAAAAUCCGACACAACCGAUGCAAAUCGAUCAGAAGGUGACCCAAUACCGGAUUUAAUCCCAGUUAACCAACGAGCACCCGACUCACCGUUCUUUUCGCCACGAAAUCGUGCACCAGACUCACCAAUGUUUGCUCCACGUGCUCCUGAUUCACCACUUUUCAGUGCAAAUCGUAGCUCAAGCUCACAUUUCGACGAUCGACGCGGAACACAAUCACCACGGUUUCCAAAUGAAGAUUACGCCCGAUUCGGCAGUGUACCGUCGCCGUCCGCUUCUAUUGGACGGAACGCUGCAAACAAACGGUACACCGAUGGUGCGUUCAGAAAUUAUCGCUCGAUAAACGGUGAAAAUGGGGAAAGUUUCGAACGCGACCCGUUUUUAGGCGCCGGAAAUUCGAAUAUGCGACGACAAAAUUCGGCCGAGAGCAGCAUUUCGAAUCAAUCGUCCACGUUGGAUGAUGCGGUAGCGUUGAACAAAUCGAAAAAAUCAACCGAAAACAAAACCAAUUUUUCGAUGAAUGAAUUCCUUCAUGAGAAUUCCCAUUCGAUUGGUCGUCGCUCCGUGGAGAAUGUGGUAAAGACGAGCACCGACAUCAUCAAUCCGUUUGCUGACGAUGAGAUGGGAGCACAAGGCACAGCCGAGUUGCGACGCAAUGACAGCACACAAAGCGCUUCGUACACUGAAGAGGAUGUGGAACAUCGACGAAUUUCGAGCGAACAACGAAAUGCCAGUUUUGAUGGUCGUCGCAACGGGAUUUCCUUUUCUACCGUCAACACGGGCAACAAUUCGAUAACAGCGGCCAGUGUGAAACGCUUCGCAAAGAGUCUAAACUACGAAAACCAUGAAAUUAUUGCAAAAACCAAAACAUCCAGUCUACAAUUGCUGUCGAGCUCAGCGACGGAUGACGACAAGAACAAACAACAGGAUGAGUAUUUAUUGGUACAAAAAACGAUUUCAAUGUCGCUGAAGGACGCUGCACCAAGCAUGGCUGGCCAAUCACCGACCGAAGGUAGUGCAGACGUUUUUGUCGCAGAAACUUCGCAACCGGAUAGUAAAACAACGGCCAAAUACACGGGUGCCAUUCCGAAGAGUAUCAGUUUCGAUGCGUCGGCCGACAAAAAUGGCAAUGGACGCAAAUUUGAAAAUUCUCCAAACACUUCACCAUACCAUCAGCACAAUCAUCCGAAUGGUCAUCGUCAAAAUGGCAACAACGGCAACGGAAAUGGCAAUGGCAAUGGCAAUGGAUUUUUCAGUAAAAUCAAAAAAGGAUUCCGUCGCAAUGCCAAACUGCAGCCACGUGCAACGUUUGAGGAUUACACCGCCUUGCCUUUGCCCAUGGAAAAUGCAUCGAAUGGCGCAAGUAGUUCACUGUUUGUGAAUGCGUCGUUGAAAUCAUCGCUCGAAAACGGUUACAAUGAUACCGAAGACAUUUUGGAAAAGUAUCGCCGCAAAAUCUCAUCGUCCAGUGAAGCCACCAACUCGGACUCGAUCGGUAACAAUUUGAAUAACGAACGCAAGAGUCUCAUGAACAUCGACGAACAUCGUUUAUCUGGCCUAUUGCACGAUGAAAGCAUUUAUUUGUAUGCGAAAACCAAGCAAAAAUUGCGCCUCGUUCUGUCGACAACGGAUUUACACACCGCCGAUUUUCGGCACACAAACUGCAACAAAACACCUCCAAUACUCGUGUAUUUACACAUUCAACUAGCUCAGGCGCAAAAUCUACAGAAUCUCCAGCAAAUUUCGUACGUAUCCGAAGCCAUUCGGUCUGUCAAUCAAUUGGAUCCAGGGUAUCAGCAGACAUUGAUCGCUGAUUUGCAAUCGGACUUGGUGAAACGACAGAGUUACUUGCAAUACUUGAUGCGAUACCAUCAGAACUUGUUGUCGGCAUUGGAAAAUAUCGAUCGAUUUGAAGAUCGUUUGCGCAAUGAUCGUGAGAUGUGCAAUCGACACUUGAUUAUGGUGUGUGUACGGAUGUUUUUGAAAAAGUGUGAAUCGGUUAUCGAACAGUUCGAAGAACGAUUCGCCGCAUUGACGGUAUUCGAUGAGAAAAUUGACAUUAUGUUGGAGUUUAUGAGUCGGCUGUUGGAUGACUUUUUGAAAUCCGACGGAAUUCUACAAGGAAUGGCCGACUGGCAAUUGCAAGAGGCUCGAACAUGCAUCGAACGGAUAUUGCUACAGCGGCUCUAUCGCCAGGUCAUGUUCCCGAACGAUGAUGCCGAUCUUUCACGCGAUGAAGUUUUGCACGAGCACAUUCGAAAGCUGUCCACCAUCAUCACACCAUCACACAGUGCACUUCGAAUACCAGAUGCAUUCUGGAUUGAGGCGCCGUGGCCUUUUGCUCAACAGCAAAUCGCUUAUAUUUCGGCAUACAAAACACCGCGUGAAAAAGUCCAAUGUGUCGUCCGUUGCAUAACCUGCAUUAUGAAUCUGCUGCAAAUGUCUUCAAAUCGAAUCCCAGCGGCUGAUGAUCUGAUUCCUGUUUUGAUUUAUGUUGUGAUAAAGGCAAAUCCACCGUAUUUAUUGUCAACGAUACAGUAUGUUAACGCAUUUAUCGGUGAAGAGAUUGAAGGUGAGGAUCAGUACUGGUGGACACAGUUCUGUUCGGCCGUUACAUUCAUCAAAACCAUGGACUAUCGUGACUAGCUAAUACUACUGAGUGCCCUCUCAAAUCAAAGCAAUUUGUAAAUAGAUUUCGUCGAAACAUUGAAAAAAAAGAAA